UAUUUUUCUUCUUUGUACGUGGUGGUCAAUUUAUCAGAAGCGAAAAUCCUCGACGGAAGUCGGCAAUGGGCAAAUGAUCCUAGCAGUCGUGCCCAACAUUUUUUGUGAAACCCAUAUUUGACUUGACUCUCCAGUUAUAACCUCCCUGGUAGACGAAUUUCUAUCCUAGGAUUUAGCCAUAUAUAUUUCAUACUUUGAAAUUACAUUACUGUGUGAUUUAAUUUGAUUUGUCGAUACAGGUCCUAAGAAUCAUGGACGGCGGAGAUCAGUCGGGAGAGAAGCGUAAACAGAUUUCUUGCGGUCUUUACAGUAGCUGCCCGGCUUCACUUAAAGCAGCUUUGCACUCGGCAUUUGAUUAUGGAUUUCAUUUUAUAGUAACGCAAAUUACACAUCCCAACUACACAAGAGAUCUAAAUAAACCCGACUCUCCAUUUUUUAUUGGGAGAACUGACCGAGUACUGAAAGCAACGGAAUGGAACAGAUUAAUUGUUGGCGAACUAACAACCAAUAUUGAUGUCGAUAGCGAAAUUGAACAUGUCAGAAGGGUUAGCAAAAAUACAUUAAAACAAGAGCUUGGAUUUGCAAUUCAUUUAGGAAUACCUGCUGUUUUAUUACAUCUUUGUAAACCUGACAAUGUACAUUUGGCUCGAAUAGUUAAUAGUCAUCUUGUUUCAAAUUCUUGUUUUGCAGUUUGGGUGCAGGUCCCAUUAGUGCAUCCCUCUCGAACAAGCCCUAUUAGUGAUAAGGAUAUUGAUUCUUGGGAGUGGUGGAACAAUUUCCGAAUUCAUUGUGAUUAUGACAAACGGGUUGGAGUUGUUUUGGAAAUGCCCGAUAUAAGUUCCAUUCCAUCAACAGAGGAAUUAGAUAGAUGGAUUGGUGAACCAGUAAAAGCCUUAGUUAUUCCAACUUCAUAUUUUUUAACUAAUCAAUAUGGCAAGCCAGUAUUAUCUAAAGCACAUCAGGAAAUUAUCAGAAGAUUUAUAACAAUUGAUGUACAGUACAUUAUUCAUUUAGAUACUGAAGCAGACUUUUUUAUGUAUGUUAAAUAUAUGAAUUUCCUAGGAAAGAAGUUAUACAGUUGUGAUAUCAUGGCCGAAUUUGUUCAAGGCUGUGAGGAUUAUCUGCAAUGCCCUUUACAGCCUCUCACUGAACAUUUAGAAACCAAUGUAUAUGAGGUGUUUGAAAAAGAUCAAGUAAAAUAUGAUGUUUACCAAAAAGCUAUUUAUGAUGCUUUACAAGAAUGGACUGAAGAGAGAAAUCCUGUUAUAAUGGUUGUAGGCGCUGGGCGGGGUCCUUUGGUCCAGGCAGUACUUAAUGUGUCUGUAUUGCUUAAUAGAGAGGUAAAAUUGUAUGCCAUAGAGAAGAACCCUUAUGCGGUCAAUACCUUGGCAGAAAGGGUUCGCCGUGAGUGGGGCUCAGAUAAAGUGACUUUGGUGAAAACUGAUAUGCGUAGUUGGAAACCACCAGAGAAGGCUGAUAUUUUAGUAUCAGAAUUGCUUGGGUCGUUUGGUGACAAUGAGCUAUCCCCGGAAUGCUUAGAUGGCGCACAAAGAUUGUUAUGUCCUCGAAAGGGCGUUUCUAUUCCAGCUUCCUAUACAUCAUAUUUAGCGCCCCUUCAAAGUAUAAAAAUAUAUAACGAGAUUCGAGCCAACAGACCUUCCGACAAAACUUUACGGCAAGUUUUUGAAACACCAUACGUGGUCCACCUUGCGAAUUAUCAACAACUCGCUCCCGCCCAGGCUUUGUUUACGUUUGAGCACCCGAAUUUUGCCGCCUACAUAGACAACAGGCGACGAAAACGACUUCGGUUUGGUCCCGUGCGUCAAGCGUGCGUGCUGACAUCUUUUGCCGGUUUUUUCGAAGCUUAUCUUUACGGCAAUGUAGUACUGUCAACCAAUCCCUCCACACAUACUCCUGACAUGGUUUCCUGGUUUCCGAUUGUGUUCCCAUUGGCGGAACCUGUCCAAUUGCGUGCCGGAGACGUGGUUCAAGUGUCGUUUUGGCGCGAGGAGUCAACCGAUCGUGUGUGGUACGAAUGGUGUUUGGAGUUACCCUUGCGAUCAUCAAUCAUGAACCCCAACGGACGUUCGUACCAUAUAAAGAAACAUUAAUUAUUUCGAUUUCGUCACAAUAUAAACGUUUUUAUUUU